CAUUCAUAUAUGGCGUAUAUUAUUUCAACACCCUUUCCACUGAGAUUCCCAGAUUCAAUUUUGAAUUUUCAAGUGAGCAGUGCCUUCGUUGAAAAAAAAAAAAAAGGAUCAUCGCCAAUGUCGAAGAGACGAGGUCUUUCAUUGGAAGAAAAGAGGGAGAAAAUUCUUCAGAUAUUUUAUGAAUCUCAAGAUUUCUUCCUCCUUAAGGAGCUUGAAAAAUUGGGUCCUAAGAAAGGGGUAAUCACUCAAUCAGUUAAAGAUGUUGUUCAAAGUUUGGUUGAUGAUGACCUUGUUUCAAAGGAUAAAAUUGGAACAUCUGUAUACUUUUGGAGCCUUCCUAGCUGUGCUGGAAAUCAGUUGAGGAAUGUGCAACGGAAACUCGAAUCAGAUCUUGAGAACAGUAAGAAGAAAUUCGUGGAGCUUGUUGAUAAGCGUAAUGAAUUAAAGAAGGGGCGUGAAGAAUCUGACGAAAGAGAGACGGCCUUGGCUGAAUUAAAGGCCAUAGAAUUGAAACAUAAUGAGCUUAAGGAGGAGAUGGUACAGUAUGCAGACAAUGAUCCAGCUGCAUUUGAAGCAUUGAAGAAAGCAAUUGAGGUUGCUCAUGGAGCAGCAAACAGAUGGACAGACAACAUUUUCACUCUGCGGCAGUGGUGCUCAAACAACUUUCCUGAAGCCAAAGAGCAGCUUGAACACAUGUACAAGGAGAUCGGAAUUACAGACGAUUUCGAUUACGUGGAGUUCUCGCCUGCAGCCAUUCAAAUAUGUGCAGUUGGCGAUGAAGAAGGCAAUCCUUAAGCGAUAUCAUGUAGGUCAUCUUUCUCUUUUUAUGUAGACACACCUUGUGUGCAAAAUAUUAUCUUUUCCCCAACCAUAGAAAAGCUGCUUUCUUUAUUAAAUGUUCAAAGCUAUAAUAGUAACCAAGGUGAAAACUGGUUCAUCUAAGGCUCUUAGCUGGUCAAAUAUAAUAUAGUAGUGUUUUGUGUUUGUUUAAUUCCAGGUCAAGGCCAAGGUGGACAUAGGUUCAUCUAGAUUCAGUUGCUUUGUAUUUGCUAUCUUGAUUUCACUUUGUUUUAUAGCUUCCUUUUCCUGUUAAUUAACAGUAAAAAUCAUGAACAUAAAUAAUAGAAUAUUAAGUACUUUUAGAUAA